CAAUAACCUGGCAGGGCAGGAUGGAAAUUCCCCAGGGAGGCAGAGGGUCCCGUGCCCCCAUUUCUCAGAGGGAUGGACACACCUCAGCCCUGGCACACUGCUAAAGGAUGGCUACAGACAUGUCCUGAGCAGGACAGAUGUGCUGGGUGUGGGAGCCAUUCCCUUCUUGCUCUUUUUUACACUACAAACCAAGACAUUCCAUGUCUUACCUCCUUUCUUCAGAAAAACCAGUCCUGGCUGCUGUGGUUGGGUCUGUAACCCCUGUUAGUCUGGGCACUCCUGGGCUGAUCCAGCCUCAAACCUGCCCCUCUCCUGCCCUGAGCACCAGAUUGGUCCUUUUGGAGGGGAAUUAAUCCCCCUAGGAGCAGGUUCUCACCUUAAUUCAAUCCAAUUUAAUUAAGUUGCCGGUUCCUGCAAUGUUGAGAGAAGCCCCUCAAGGCACGGGCAAUGUGAAUUCUGUUCUCCCAAGUGCAGCAUUUCACCUCCCAUCACCCCUGGUGUUGUCUCCGAGGUGCUGACCCUGCUGGUGCUGAUGUACCCCCUGCUCCAGGGCCUGGCUCUGCACCUGCACUCUGCUGUCACUGGCAGCUACAUCCCAGGGACACACUCCAUUGCCUUCAUCAACUGCCUCAACGAGCAGAUCGCCAGGGACAUCGCCAGGGCCAUCAUGGAUAAGAAACUGGCUGCCUACGUGAACAUCCUGCCCAAGAGCUCGGCCUUGUAUUUCUGGAAAGGAGAACUGGAAGAAUCCACUGAAAUACUUCUGUUGGUGAAAACAAGGACGUCCAAAAUAGGAGAAUUGUCCAACUACGUCAGGAUUUCCUGCAUUUCCCGAGGGGGGAGCACACUCAGCUUUGGGCCAGGCCCCCGGCAGUGUGUGGUAAAGGCCGGACUCAAAGCGGAAUUCCCACGUGGCAGAAAGAAGCUGCGGGUGCUUUGAAGUGCGGGAGGGCGCGGGGCAGGGCUGGGGCUGGAGCUCACUCCGCUCCUCCGCCGCGC